AUGACCAGCCAACGCCCUGCCGUGCCUCGCGCCGCUCCUCCACCUCCAUCAAGCCACGAAGAACAUGAAGACGAACAACCUGAUGAUCCACUUGGCGCAGACCCCGGCGAGGAUCGAGUCAGCAAGUUGAUCGACGACGCUCUGCAAAUGCUCGAAGGCAAGAAAAACGUCGGCAUAUUCUGCAUCUGCGAGCAGAAUUGUCAUUGUAAGGGGCACUGCAAAAUCGCAGCAAGAGACGAGCAGUGCCGCUGUGGGUGCUUCGAAGGAUUCUGGGGGAAUACCGGUCUGCAACACGAGCAGCCCAUGGAUGCCGGUCAGUAA